GUCCAGCGGCAUGGAGACUCGGAAGUCACACACUGCAACUAUCGUGACCUGGAAGCUCAUUCAUUGCCUCUGCAUUCUCACCCCUCCCCCGCCUUCCCCUCUUCGGACUUGCCAGGCUCUUGCAUGAUUUGAAGCGAAGUGAGAUUCAGCCGGUACAGUUCUGGGGGCUCUCCUGUGCUGGAGUCGUCCAACCGGGUCUCAACGCAACCGCUACGAAGAAAACAUAAUACCUCAUCCUACCCCUAUCGAUUCGCCGUCACCCAGACAAUAUGGAGGACUUCAACAGUGAGACUGAUAGUGACUACACCAGCUACUGGAGAGAUUGGUUCAUCUCUUCUCGUGGCAAUGAAUACUUUUGCGAGAUCGACGAGGACUACCUUACCGACCGCUUCAACUUGACCGGCCUGAACACCGAAGUCGCUUACUAUCAGUACGCCCUGGACCUAGUGACGGAUGUCUUUGAUCUCGACGCAGACGACGAUCUCCGUGAGCAGAUCGAAAAGUCAGCACGCCAUCUCUACGGCCUGGUGCAUGCGAGAUACAUCGUCACCACUCGCGGACUCGCCAAGAUGGUUGACAAGCUCAAGCGCGGCGAUUUUGGCAAAUGUCCCCGAGUCAUGUGCGAGGGACACCCUCUCUUGCCGAUGGGUCAGCAUGACACUCCCAGCAUGAGCACCGUCCGGCUCUACUGCGCCAGAUGCGAAGACAUCUACCACCCCAAGUCGUCCCGCCACGCCUCCAUUGACGGAGCCUACUUCGGCACCUCCUUCCACAGCAUGCUUUUCCAGGUGUAUCCAGCGCUGAUGCCGGAGAAAAGCAUCCGUCGCUAUGAGCCCCGCGUGUUCGGGUUCAAGGUGCACGCCAGCGCCGCCCUGGCUCGCUGGCAGGAUCAGUAUCGUGAAGACAUGAAGACGAGUCUUCGCGAUGUCGGAGUAGAGGUCAAAUACAUAGAAGAUGAGAGUGAAGACGACUUGGAAGACGAUGAUGAGCCGCUCUCGGAUGCUAGAGAAGAGAAGGUCAUCGGUGACGCUGCUUCGGCCCGCAUGGACCUAGGCAACUAAAACCAUGCAAUUCCCUUUCUCUUCAUCUCUUCUCAUUAUAUCUGGAUGCACCUCUUUUCGCCCCUGAAAAUGGCGUUGUUCUUUCAAUUACCAUAUAUUCCAAUUGCAUUACAUCCUUUCUCUAACCCACCCACAUGCAUCUCGAGGGGUUGGUCCCGUUUUGCUUUUUGCUUACCCCGCCCUUUCACUCACAUCCUCCCUUAUGUUACUGGUUUCUGAGAAUGGCAGGAAUGUGACCAAGGGGAUGCUUUUUCUUCUCGCUUAUAUCUUUCUGCUUUGCAUUGAUGAUUACGAACACUGGUGGCGUUGGAAGUCUUCCGGAGAUGGCGGGUCUAUUUUUAUUUUCUUGUGAU